GGCCCGGCCGUCCACUUCCAGGCUGGAGGCCCCCGUCCACCCGCAGCCAUGUCCCGGCCCCUGUCAGACCAUGACAAGAGGAAGCAGAUCAGCGUGCGCGGCCUGGCCGGCGUGGAGAACGUGGCCGAGCUGAAGAAGAACUUCAACCGGCACCUGCACUUCACGCUGGUGAAGGACCGCAACGUGGCCACCCCCCGCGAUUACUACUUCGCGCUGGCCCACACGGUGCGCGACCACCUGGUGGGGCGCUGGAUCCGCACGCAGCAGCACUACUACGAGAAGGACCCCAAGAGGAUCUAUUACCUGUCGCUGGAGUUCUACAUGGGGCGGACUCUGCAGAACACCAUGGUGAACCUGGCCCUGGAGAACGCCUGUGAUGAGGCCACCUACCAGCUGGGCCUGGACAUGGAGGAGCUGGAAGAGAUCGAGGAGGAUGCUGGGCUGGGGAACGGGGGCCUGGGCCGGCUGGCUGCCUGCUUUCUGGACUCCAUGGCGACACUGGGCCUGGCUGCCUAUGGCUACGGGAUCCGCUACGAGUUCGGGAUCUUCAAUCAGAAGAUCAGCGGGGGCUGGCAGAUGGAGGAGGCCGACGACUGGCUCCGCUAUGGCAACCCCUGGGAGAAGGCGCGGCCCGAGUUCAUGCUGCCUGUGCAUUUCUACGGCCGAGUGGAUCACACCAGCCAGGGUGCCAAGUGGGUGGACACACAGGUGGUGCUGGCCCUGCCUUACGACACGCCAGUGCCUGGCUACCGCAACAACGUCGUCAACACCAUGCGACUGUGGUCAGCCAAGGCCCCCAAUGACUUCAACCUCAAGGACUUCAAUGUCGGGGGCUACAUCCAAGCUGUCCUGGACCGGAACCUGGCUGAGAACAUCUCCCGAGUCCUGUACCCCAAUGACAACUUCUUUGAGGGGAAGGAGCUGCGGCUGAAGCAGGAGUACUUCGUGGUGGCCGCCACGCUCCAGGACAUCAUCCGCCGCUUCAAGUCCUCCAAGUUCGGCUGCCGCGACCCCGUGCGCACGAGCUUCGACGCUUUCCCGGACAAGGUGGCUAUCCAGCUCAAUGACACGCACCCCUCCCUGGCCAUCCCCGAGCUGAUGCGGAUCCUGGUGGACCUGGAGCGGCUGGACUGGGACAAGGCCUGGGAGGUGACAGUGAGGACCUGCGCCUAUACCAACCACACGGUGCUGCCCGAGGCCCUGGAGCGCUGGCCCGUCCACCUCAUGGAGGCGCUGCUGCCGCGCCACCUGCAGAUCAUCUACGAGAUCAACCAGCGCUUCCUCAACCGGGUGGCAGCCGCCUUCCCGGGGGACGUGGACAGACUGCGGCGCAUGUCUCUGGUGGAGGAAGGCGCGGUGAAGCGCAUCAACAUGGCCCACUUGUGCAUCGCUGGCUCGCACGCCGUCAACGGAGUGGCCCGCAUCCACUCCGAGAUCCUCAAGAAGACCAUCUUCAAGGACUUCUACGAACUUGAGCCUCACAAGUUCCAGAAUAAGACCAAUGGCAUCACCCCCCGGCGCUGGCUGGUCCUGUGCAACCCCGGGCUGGCGGAGGUGAUCGCAGAGCGUAUCGGGGAGGACUACAUCUCAGACCUGGACCAGCUACGCAGGCUGCUCUCCUACGUGGAUGAUGAAGCCUUCAUUCGGGAUGUGGCCAAAGUGAAGCAGGAAAACAAGCUGAAGUUCUCUGCCUACCUGGAGAAGGAGUACAAAGUCCAGAUCAACCCCAACUCGCUCUUCGACAUCCAGGUGAAGCGCAUCCACGAGUACAAGCGCCAGCUCCUGAACUGCCUCCACGUCAUCACGCUCUACAACCGCAUCAAGAAGGAACCCAACAAGUUCAUCGUACCUCGAACUGUGAUGAUUGGCGGGAAGGCAGCGCCCGGGUACCACAUGGCCAAGAUGAUCAUCAAACUCAUCACGGCCAUUGGGGACGUGGUCAACCAUGACCCAGUGGUGGGAGACCGCCUGCGAGUCAUCUUCCUGGAGAACUACCGUGUCUCACUGGCUGAGAAAGUGAUUCCCGCCGCCGACCUCUCUGAGCAGAUCUCCACGGCGGGCACUGAGGCCUCGGGUACAGGCAACAUGAAGUUCAUGCUCAAUGGUGCCCUGACCAUCGGCACCAUGGAUGGCGCCAACGUGGAGAUGGCGGAAGAGGCGGGCGAGGAGAACUUCUUUAUCUUCGGCAUGCGCGUGGAGGACGUGGACAGGCUCGACCAGAGAGGGUACAACGCCCAGGAGUACUACGACCGCAUCCCAGAGCUGAGGCAGGUCAUCGAGCAGCUGAGCAGCGGCUUCUUCUCGCCCAAGCAGCCUGACCUGUUCAAGGACAUUGUUAACAUGCUCAUGCACCAUGACCGGUUCAAAGUCUUUGCAGAUUACGAGGACUACAUCAGGUGCCAGGAGAAAGUCAGCGCCCUCUACAAGAACCCUCGUGAGUGGACGCGGAUGGUGAUCAGGAACAUUGCCACCUCGGGCAAGUUCUCCAGCGACCGCACCAUAGCCCAGUAUGCGCGGGAGAUCUGGGGCGUCGAACCUUCCCUCCAGCGCCUCCCCGCCCCGGAUGAGAUCUGACCUCACACCAGACCUCUCCCCCGGCGCGCCCCCAAUCCCUGUGUGGCCCCUUGGGUCAGCUCCAGCCCCUCAUGGGGGGGGGGUCCUGGAGCUAGCGCCCUGGGAAACCUGUCUCUGGAACCCCAACUCCCCGCUGCCUCUUGGGCCCAAUGUCCAGCGUGACUCCGGACGCGACUCCCGGCCCUCCCCCACGCCCCCUAAUAAACCGGUUCUCCCUUUC